AUGUCGCAGCAGAAGCAAACGAAGACUGAACAAGGAUUCUACAACACGGUUUUCGGUUCGAUAGCUGGGAUGGUAGGAAAGCUUGUGGAAUAUCCUUUUGAUACUGUAAAAGUAAGACUACAAGCUCAACCACUGGACAAGCCAACGUUCGAUGGACCGCUAGAUUGUUUUAAAAAAACUAUCAAACGGGAGGGUUUGGAGGGCCUAUACAGGGGCUUAUCCUCUCCUAUGGUCGGGGCAAUGUUAGAAAAUGCAAUGCUGUUUGUCACAUAUAAGCAUAUCCAGUCACUCAUAAGAGAAAACAUGACGAUAGCCAACGAAUCACAAUUCUCCUACCAUGUGGAUGACUUGCCCCCUCUCCCGUUAGCGCAACACUGCAUAGCCGGUGCUAUAUCGGGCGCAUUGGCAUCGUUAGUGCUUACACCAGUCGAACUUAUCAAAUGCAAAUUACAAGUACACGAGACAUUUACAUAUGAACCAGCGAAUGCUACGAUCGCUCCGAAGAAUGUAACACAUAUAGGCAACCAAAAAGUCAUAUCAGCAAAAUCAGCGGCUCUUCCCGAAUACAGUGGUCCUUUAUCAGUUAUAAAAUACACUUUAAAGGAACAUGGAAUUAAGGGUUUUUACACAGGACAUUUGGGAACGCUUUUAAGAGAAACGUUUGGUGGAGCAGUAUGGUUUGGUGCUUACGAGUAUACAUCAGGCUACUUUUUGAUACAGAAGCAACAGGCGAGCAAGGAUAGCCUUAGUACGGGGGAACUUAUGUUUGCUGGGGCGAUGGGAGGAAUGUCAUAUAAUUUAUUAACAUUUCCGGUGGAUUCGAUCAAAAGCCGAAUGCAGACAGAAGAAGAAUCGAUGAAAGCAGCUGGGAAGGUUUUCGAUAAACAGGGAUCCAUUCAAAUUGCGAGACAAAUGUACAAGGCUGACGGUAUUAAAGCGUUCUAUAAAGGUUGUGGGAUGACUGUCGCUAGGAGUGCACCAUCAAGCGCGUUAAUAUUUUUGACAUAUGUAAGUGCAUCUCUGGUGAUUGAUUCACGCUUUAGUCUCAUCCAUCGACCAACAAUUGUGAAAUAA